AAUGACUCAUUAAAAUUAUUUUUUCUUUUUUUUUUUCUUUUUCACUCUCUCUCUUCUUCUUCUUUCACUUACUUUUUUUUUUUUAUAAACAAAAAAAAAAUCAUGUAUAAUAUUACACCACAACUGUACGAUAAAAUAAAAUAUUUUGCCAGGUUUCCUCAAACUGGGGUGUCGCUUCGACAAAUGGUGUUGUUUGGCCAAAAACCAUCUCAAGGUACAUUAUUCAAGGCCAGUCAGUUUCUACAUGAGGAGUUACCUAUUCGUUUAGCUCAUCGGGUGAAGGAACUCGAGGAAUUACCACAGAAUCUUAGCCACAUGCCUUCCAUUAUAAAAGUAAAGAAUUGGUAUGCGCAAUCUUUCCAAGAUCUUGUCGAACUUCAAACACCUCAAAUUUCAAGCUCCAUGAGAGAACAGCUUAUUUCAAAAACAUCAGACCACCACUUACCCCACAGCGUGCCAAAUCCAUCACUUGUAAAUAUGAUUCGACCCAAGAAUGUGCUUCAAUCAUCCGUCCCUAUCGCUCACAGAUAUUACAACAAUAUUGAUCAAGUUGAUUGCUCGCCGGAAAUUAUCGAUUACACAAGCUCCUUUGUGAAAACAAUUGAAAAGGUGAAAAAAAGACAUGAUCCAGUCGUAACAACUAUAGCCCAGGGAAUUUUGGAAUACAAGGAACAUUUAAAUUCUCCAAUUAUUGAUACUGAAGUACAGAGAUUUUUGGAUCGGUUCUAUAUGUCCCGUAUUGGUAUCCGAAUGCUGAUUGGCCAACAUGUUGCGUUAUACAGAGGACCAAGUAGAAAGGAUUAUGUGGGAGUGAUUUGUACAAAGACAAAACUUCGAGAUGUAGCUAUGGAUGCAGUCGCCAAUGCCAAGUUCAUUUGUGAAGAGCACUAUGGUUUAUUUAAAGCACCGGAGGUUCAUAUGUUCUGUCCUGGAGACAUUGAAUUUAUGUACGUGCCAUCACAUUUAAAUCACAUGUUGUUUGAACUGCUCAAAAAUUCAUUACGUGCUGUUGUCGAACGCUAUGGGAGUGAUUAUGAGGAUGAGUAUCCACCCAUCAAAUUAGUCAUUGCUCAUGGCAAAGAAGAUAUCACCAUCAAGAUUUCGGAUGAAGGUGGAGGGCUUCCUCGUUCCGGUAUCCCUCUCGUUUGGACAUAUAUGUACACAACUGCACAAGCACAAGAAUUAGAACCAGAAUUCAGUCAGUCAGAUUUUAAGGCCCCAAUGGCUGGUUUUGGUUAUGGUUUGCCUAUUUCAAGAUUGUAUGCUCGUUAUUUUGGUGGCGAUCUUAAAUUGAUCUCAAUGGAGGGAUAUGGAACAGAUGUGUAUUUGCAUUUAAACAGAUUAUCCAACAGUGAUGAGCCACUCAUGUAAAUAAACCCAUUUUAUAGAAUUAUAGAAAAAAAAAAAUAGAUGCAAUAAAAACAAAAGCAAGCCAUAUUCACACACACUUUCUUUUCUUUUUUUUUCUAUAUAUACAUCUCCUCUUUUCUCUGUACUUGUUUGUAGAUAUCAUCACGAAGAAGACUUUAUCGUGGACAAAGAAUUAACUCAAUGUGAAGAAAAAAUCGAGGCCACAUCUGGUUAAAUUUCUGAUUGCAUAACCAACUUAUACCCGCCACUCCCUCCCCUUUUUUUUUGUAUAUUCUAGCUUUCUUCUCCGCUUCCUAAUCAAAUAAAUAAUACAUAAUAUCGUUGCUUGUAUCAUAUGAUAUAUACUACAUGUAUCAAGCACUUUUGUAUCACUAUA